UCUAUCGACCAAGCUCAACAGCUGUUAUGAGCGCCGCUCUGUUGCGCUUGUUUGCUAGUUAAAGCUUGUGGCAAGUUAAAGCUCGAGCAAAAAGCUUAUAUCUUAUUGGACACUCGUGGAUACAACAACGUUUUGGGCGGACGCUUCGUGCAUACAAAUCUUGAUGAGCAACACCCCAAACCACCGCAUCGGAGUCGCAGUUGCAUCCCAUUAGAAGUAGCAGCAACAACAACAACAAGGCAAAUCUGUGCAACGGUUACGCCAACACCAAUUGGAAUCUGAUUGGAACGCUCCCACGCAUCGGCAAAAAACCAACAAAUAAAUAUAUAUAUUUAAUAAAAUCAACGUAUUUGCUGUUUAUAUUGUUGUGUUGUUUCAAACGUUCAAUCAUCAUCAAGAGCAGCAACAAUUAUGGUGGAUUUCCGUUUCGACAUUAAACCGCUGUUUCCGCAGCCAAUUAUCAAAGUGGCAUCCAAUCUUUUGCCGCACACCUUUCGAGGUGAUCGGCGUCAGUGUUUAGAUGCCACCUCAAAGAUGUCCGAGAUAAUAGAUCAGUUGGGUCAGUUAUCGGCGGUAUCGCAGGGUCUCAGCAAACCGGUGACAACCGCUCAACGGCUAAGGAUGUCAGAGAAUCAAACAAUUUAUUUGCUAGCGGAUCCCAAUGCGGGUAACAACGGCGUUGUCACUGGGCUACUCAAAGUGGGCACCAAAGAUCUCUAUUUGUUUGAUGAAAAGGGCCAGACACGCAAAAUGGAGCAAUCUCCAUCAAUUUUGGACUUUUACGUGCACGAGUCGCGACAACGUGCCGGAUUGGGAAAGCGUCUAUUUGAAACGAUGUUGAGUGAGGAGCAAUGGACGCCACUCAAGUGCUCGGUGGAUCGACCUUCAGAGAAGCUAUUGGCAUUUUUGGGCAAACACUAUGGUCUGGUGCGCACCAUUCCCCAAGCGAAUAAUUUUGUGCUCUACGAGGGCUUUUUUAACGAUACGGCCAAUGGUUCUAGAAAUGGACAUGACGACAGAAAGAAUGGCAUGCAUAUUACAAACAGUCCUAACACACAACUCUUUGGUGCUACUUAUUUGGGCGAUGAGGCUAACAAACGCGUUGGAAGACGCGACAGUAACAAUGGACAGCAAUCGUCGUUGUUGCAUCAAAUCACACAGAUCUCACCAAAUGGACGAUAUGGGGCACCGCGACCCACAUGCAGCAUGGCCGAGAUAAUUCACGCUGGCAGCGCCAGUUCCGGCAAGGGAGGUGGAGGCGGUGGAGGCAGCGCAGAAUCGAGCAGCGGUAACGGAUUUGAAGCAAUGGCUGCACAAAUGGAAAAUUUGCAUGCAGGCGACGCUUCGCGUGACGUCGAUCAUCGCCGCUAUCAACAUAGUGUGGAGCGAGAGCAUCAACCAGUGCCAGAGCCAGAGCCAGAGCAUGAGCUAGAGCACGAACCGGAACCGGAACAAGAGCAUGUGGAGGUGAAAUCUCACACUCCCACACCGCCCACUGUGCGUACGCCAGAGAGAGCUGAGAGCAUUGUUGGCGAUAAUCGAAGAGCGCCAGCUUUUCAGCUGAGCAAACAGCAUACAGGGAUGAAGAAUCGUUCCUUUGGCGUUGGCAUGGCUGUUAUGCCCACCGGCAAGAUGGAGUUCAAUCAACAGGAGCGUGAGGAUUUCGGUGUGGUGAAAAUCAAUCGUCCAUUGGGACUGGAUAACAUAGAUGCAGAUGCCAUGUCCACGGUGUCGUCCACCGGCGGCCUAACCGAUCAGGGCUUCAAUGAUCUUAAGUUUUAUCACAAUAAGUUGUGGUAAAAUAAAAUAUUUAUCAAAAAUAAUAACAUAAAUUAUCAAAUAGCAAUAUUUGCUAACAUGAAAAAGCAUAAAACAUAUGUAGCUAUUAAGUUACCUAUAUUAACAAUACCCUAGAAACAGACACAAACGGUUCCUGUGUGCUUUAGUUAACUACAGAUUUAUGUUGUACGCUUUGUAGUUUUAGUUUUUUGUUAAUUUGUUCAUUUGUUACACUCACGCACUUUAAACAGCGCAGUCAAAUAAUGUUAGACAGCAAACAUUAACAGUAACUUUACAGUCUGUAGUUCAAUUCAGUUAACAGCAUUCAAGUAAUGUUAGUCAGCAAACAUUAACAGUCCUGUAGAUCAAUUCAGUUAAAUUUAAAAUGUAAUUCAAAUAAUUGUGCGUAUCUUCCAAUUGCAGCAAACACGAUUAUUACGAGCAAAUCUAUAGCGAAUAUAUGCUAUAAUCGGGCCCAUUCAACAAUAUCAAA